UGCGCCCGCGUGUGCCGGGCGCAGGAGCGAGCGGGACACGGGCAGCUGGCGCAACUGAGCAGCGUGGUCGUGCUGGCGGGGGACAACCGCUCCGGGGCCGCCUCCGGAGAGGCCGGUGAGGGCGCCGGGGUCUCGGACGCGCCCCCGACCCGGGCGCCCACGCCGGACUUCUGCCGGGGCUACUUCGAUGUUAUGGGCCAGUGGGACCCGCCGUUCAACUGCAGCUCGGGCGACUUCAUCUUCUGCUGCGGGACUUGUGGCUUCCGGUUCUGCUGCACGUUUAAGAAGCGGCGACUGAACCAGAGCACCUGCACCAACUACGACACGCCGCUCUGGCUCAACACCGGCAAGCCCCCCGCGCGCAAGGACGACCCCCUGCACGACCCUACCAAGGACAAGACCAACCUGAUCGUCUACAUCAUCUGUGGGGUGGUGGCCGUCAUGGUGCUGGUGGGCAUCUUCACCAAGCUGGGGCUGGAGAAAGCGCACCGGCCCCAAAGAGAGCACAUGUCCAGGGUCAAAGAAGCGGCCUCGAACGAGCUAGUGGCUGGGGAGAGAGGACCCCACCCCGGCCCGGGAGACCGCGCCAGACAUGGGCACGCCCAGCCCCGAGGGGUCGGGCCGGAGGCCGAGACGUCGCAUCCUAUGUCGGACCCCCCAGCCUGGCCCCUCCCGCGGAGGGAGGGAAGGGAGGACCCGGGGUCUCAGCGCAGCGGCAGCAGCGAAAGAGUUAACCCGGACCGCGGCGAGGGGGCGGGUGGCGUCAGCGCCUACGUCAGGGCGAGGCGGGGCCGCGUAGACGCGGCCGCUGUGGCCGCCUAG